UGCCAAGACGUUUGCCAAGUGAAGUUGGCGGCAAGUGUGAUAUUAUUCUAAUUCGUUCCCAGACACGUUUCUUGUUAAUAAUUUAGAACAAACAAAUUAGAAACAAUCAGAUACGAAAAAAGCUUUUGUUAUAUUGUACUAUUAAUACAUUUUAAUAAUGCCUAAAAAUAAGAAAAAGGCAGAAAGUUCCAGCAGCGAUAGUGAUGGUGGUCCUGUAGAUAGGAAUCCACCGCCUGAAAAAAAAGCCAAAAUGGGUUCUAGAACAGAUGAUAAAGAACCAACAUGGGUGCUAGAAGGAAAGAAACUGGUAAAAGUUCGCGAAUUUAAGGGAAGAGUCUUUAUAGAUAUAAGAGAAUUUUAUGAAAAGAAUGGUGAACUACUGCCAGGUAAAAAAGGGAUUAGUUUGACUCCGGAUAUGUGGCGAAAGCUUUUGUCAUUAGGAGAUGAAAUUAAUGAAACAGUAAGCUCACUUUGUUAGUAAUACAAAAUGUAUCCUGUAUAUGUUAUAUUUAAUAAAGUAUCCCAUGUUUUUGAUUCA